CCGCCGAAAGAAUGGCUGGGAGAUAUGAGGAUCAGGAGAUGAAGUCGAAUGGGUCUGACCAGAAGCAAGAGAAGCCCCUUGCUGCUGCUGCUGCUGCUGCUGCUACCGCCGAUCAGGAGGACGAUCAGGAUGCAGAUAAUGAUGUCCGGCACCUUUCAGAUGCAAAGUAUAGACGCCUGAAGCGGAAGCUAAAACGGGUUCUGGAGGAAAAUGAACGACUGAGUACUGAGCUCGACCGGUCUAAUCGGCGUGCGCGUAACUUGCGACAAGAGAAAAAUAUUUUGUUAGACAGACUCUGCGCUUAUGAGCGCGACUCCGACUCGAGUCCUGACACUGCGUCGUCCUCGAACAGCGAAAGUGAACUUUCGGACUCUUCUCUCAACAGCCUUCACAGAUCCAGACGGGCUUCACCAAUACGCGCUGUAAGAGCCUCCGCCACAAAUAAACUUCUUCGGGUGCCAGGAGCCGGCAAAGGACACGAAUCGACUCCUGCUCAGGAUACUCAUCAUCCAAAAAAGACGGCUACCAAGGGUGGAGUACGACGAUCCCCAGCCGUUUCUGUACGCAAGGAAGAAAAGCCCUCGACUCCAUCGACCAUCACGAACGUUGGAUCGGCUACGCAGAAGCCCAAGCGGCUACAUAACACAAGCAAGCUGAAGCCCAUCCUCUCCAAAGUUCGCAAGGUCCAAGCGAUUGAGAGAGACGAAGCUGGAAACGUCAAAUUGCCAGUGACCGUCGGCAUCAUCACCAUCAUGAAUCUGGGACAUGUCGCAUAUGAUCGAGAGGCAUUCCACAACGAGCGCUACAUCUGGCCUGUUGGAUAUAAGAUGUCGCGCUCAUACAACAGUAUGAUUGAUCCUCACCAGCAGACAACGUACACCUGCAGUGUUAUCGACGAUGGUGAAGCGCCAAAGUUCCAAAUUGAUGCCGAGGAUCAGCCAGGAAAGCCAAUUAUUGCGGGCACAGCUACUGGCGCGUGGACACAUAUUGUGAAGGCAGCCAAUCUCAUUCGGAAACGCGACCAUUCUAACUCUGCCUCUGGUCCCGAUUACUUUGGCUUUUCUAACGCGACAAUCGCCAAAAUGAUUCAGGAUCUGCCUAACGCUGAGAAAUGCAAGGGUUAUAUCAUGCAGCGAUUUGAAGAACCCUCUGGGAAGGCAGAAAAACGCAAGCUCUCGGUGCUGGACUCCAAGGCCAAUAAGGGUGACGGCGACGAUGGAGAAGAUGACAAGGACGAGGAGGAGGUGGAUGAAGAGGAUAACGAGUACACUUCUUUGGGCACCCCUGGAAAGAAGAAGAUUAAGCGGUCCUCGUCACCAAAGAUCCGCAAUGCUGGGUUUGAUCUCGGGACCAAGGACAAUGGUGAAGAGAUGGAAGAAGUGGAGGACGGGGAGGAGGUGGAUGAACUGGAUGAGCUGGGGGAUGAUGAGACUCAGUCGGAGAUGGAUGCCGAAGACCUUGAGUCUUCAUCGAACCCAGAGUCGAGGACGGCACCUGAACUCUCUGCAGAUCAGGAACCGCAUCCGACCACCACCUCAACAUCGACCUCGACCUCGACAGCAACAGCAACAGCAUCAACAGCCGGUCCUCCUAUCGUGAUUUCCUCUGCAGACAAGACAGCUGGCGGAGGUCCAGGCGCUCCCGAGGCAGACCAGGUUCAGAUGGAAGAUGCUGAUGCGAAUGCGGACAAGGCAGCAGACUCGACCACGACGCAAACAGAGUAAUUUAAUGGCCUAAUAAUAAAACUAGAGGAUAUCCUUUCAUACAUG